AUGAGUCUUGUUAAUUUUAAUAGAUGUAGCAGUGAAAAUAGUAGAUUCAACGAUGUAAUUCAAACGAAUCCUGAGAGAGCCUGCAACGUUGCAAUAUUUCUUGGUGAAUUACUAAUGAAUUACAAGGUUUGUAAUUGGCAUAAAAUGCAUUUAUUUUCACCCUGUCAGGUAGAUGUAAUUACUGUAGUUUAUCUUUACACAAUAAGUCUUGUUUGCUCUUGCAAUUUUUGCUUUUAUUUUAGGUGGGAUUUUCUUCUGAUGAAUGUGAAUGUGAAUGAGUAGAUGAGUUAUGAAUAUUCAGAUGAGAGUACAAAACUCAUCUACUCGUUCACAUGCAUCAAAACGAGAAAAUUGCACUAGAGUGUCAACAGGCCUAUAUAAAGUAUAUACUAGGUAAUAUGAUCUAAAUAUUACCAGAUUGGAAACAAGCUGUACUGUAGCUUUAUCUGUAAAUCCUUGUUUAAGGACAUUGGCAAUAAAAAAUAGUUUAGUUCAUUUGAAAGAACUCUUAAAACUAUAUUUUGAACUCUAUUAACAGAUUGUUGUAUCUUGCUUAAUUUUCAAAAUAUUUCGACUGAAAAAAGUGAGCUGUUCGCCAUCUUGGAUUAUUGAGGAUAUGCAUGUUACGUCAAGAGAGGGGUCACGCUAAUUUUUUAUCUUGAGAGUAAGCGAUCAAUAUGGGUCCAAAACGUCGUUUCUGGUUGCUGUCAGAAAUUUAGAAAUGAUUAAAAACAUUUCAAACAAUUUUUGAUUGUUAUUCGAUCAUUUUAGAGUAGUUUUAUAUGGUUAACCCAACUCCUGACGUCAUCAAAACCAUAGAUAAUGAUGUAAAGAAUUUUUCCAAGAUGGCGGAAAGCUCAUUAAUUUCGGUCUAAAUAUUUCGAGAACUAAGCAAGAUAUGACAAAUCGGUAAUAGAGUUUAAUAUCUAAUUUUAAGAGUUCUUUUGAAUGAGACAAACUAUUUUUUUAUUGCUAAUGUCCUUUAAGUAAUGUGUUAUUAUUAUUAUUAUUAUUGUUAUUAUUAAAUAACAGUUGUCAUUAUACGGCACCAAAAAUCACUUUUGAAUAUUAAAUAAUAAAUACUGUUCAGUACAAAAUAAAAACAUAAUUCGGAUUUAUAUCUGAUAAAACACGACAACGAGAGUUUUGAAUAGCUUAAAAUACGACUACAAAAGAUGCCGUCUCAUUAGUAUUCUUUUUUAGAAUACUAUUACUGUAGGAUGAACAAUUGUAUAAUGCCACGUGUGUUUUAUCAGAUAUAAAGUCACUCCACGUGACAUAUUAUGGCUGACAUGAUUUGCCACAAGGUUUAUGAAUUGUUCAUGAGUAUUUUAACUGUAUAUAUUAACAUUAACUAAAGAACACCUAGUUAAAUUACACAUUACGAUCCGAGAUGCCAAAAAUCAAAACAAUAAAAUCAAGAGCUGUUUGUUGGGUGCUUGUUACAGAAAAUGCAUCGACUGGUCACUUUUUUGGAAAUUAUUAAUACUGGACAACUCUAGCAGACCGUCCCUUAUUAUGGGUUCACUGUUACUCUAGGUGGAGUACCCAGAGUAAUGGGUUCACAUGUGUCUGUGAAAUUAUAAUCAGAACUAUUACAUAUUUCAACAGUCGAACCCCAUUUGCACAGGUGAAAGGCACAUGUUUUAAUCACUCUGCCACCAAUGCCCCAUGUUUUCUCAGUUAGUGAUUCUUAUUUAUGUAUUGGAUAUAAGCUCUUAAUGGGAACGAAAUGUUUUUAAUUAUUGUUUUAAAUGUAUAAUCAUUGAUAUUGCCAUCAUUUACUAGACCAGUGACGGUGAAACUAUAGCGAAGUUUUUGACAGUUGUCUCCGAUACAAUAAAACAAUUACUGCUCUGUCAUGACCGGAAACUUCUCAUUUGCGCUGGAAAACUUCUAAAGGUGCGUAACAACCUUGCAUAUUUACUAAAUUUGGAUUGGGAGGCUGUGAAACAAUCUACAGUACCAUUAGUGAAAAUCUUAAUACUUUCCAGACCUGGAAACGGUGUUACUGGUGUGACGCGCAAGGCAGGAAAAGUUAAAAAACUUUAAAUACAUUUUAAAACCCGAAACGUUGCUGACACGACAGAACGUUUUCCCGCUAAGCGGGAAAGUUGUGGCUAUGUUGUGUUCAUAUGGGAAAAACAUCUCGGUCACCGAGAUCUCGCCUGUCAACAAGCGAGAUCUCGGUAACAUUUCAUAUUAUUUUCAUAACAAGGCAAGAUCUCGCCUGUAAACUUGCCGAACUGUUUUCUCGCUAGCCGGGAUAACUUUUCCCCAUAUGAACAGGGCCCUUAGUUGUUUUUUUUUGGGCGACACAAACGUGACCUUCUAACAGGUCGCAGACUCAGGUCAAAAUGGCCGCCGUUUUAGGAGCGGAUGAUAUGCAACAGAAAAUGCUUUGUCUAGAAAGCAAAGUCCGCCAGUUUGCCGCGCCGUAUAUCCGGUUCCAUGCACCCACCAAUAAUAAAAAACACUACCGUUCGAUUCAGCGUUCAAUAAUCUUUACAUAUCGUUAUCUUUACAUAUUACUUAUGUUCGUUUAUUCACAAUGCAAUGCAAGUGAUUUAUAGCCGAAAUUUUAAUGUCAAUAAUCCGGCAGAAUAUUUAAUAUGUCGUACUUUUCGUCCCUUAUUAUAACUUCUGUUUCUUGAAUAUGUACUUUUUGGCUAUACUACCAAUCGAUAGCCCUUUGAAACUGUCUUUAUAGGACCCUCUUUCGAAGGCGACGAUGCAAAAUUGGCUACAUAAAAGCCAUAUAUGUUUACAAUUCUGGUGUACGUGCGAACCAAUAUUAAGCGCGCUAUAAGGUUAGAUACACCAGAAAUCAAUUUUACGGGUCCAAGUAUCCGUAUAGCGUGCUUCCUACGUGUUUCAGAGUCCGAGUGAAAUUUCGCUCUGAAUCACAUAUGCACCAAAAGCUUCCCGGUUUAUAUUUUAAUGGCUGGAUUUGGCUCUUCGCAUUUUGCCACGUCGAAAGGCCAAUACUGCUGAUGUGUGACUGCUUUCAUAUUCUGGCAUAAACCAAGAAGUGUUUCGAACCUGUUCUACCAGCUGUCCUGCAUCCCCACUCCCUUCUCUAUUAUACCCCAGCUAAUACGCACAUGUCCUCAUUUUGAGGCUAGUGUGAAGGCCUGGGCUAGCGUCUUGUUUUAUUUUAUACUUAUCUUAGAUAGGUUUUACAGGAGAAUGUAUACAAUAGGUACUCGGAGAAACCUUGCAGUGUUAUGUAGAGUCAAACUGGAAGCACUAGCUUAGUAGCUUUUCCCAUAUGACUGAAAUAUGACAUGAAUUGAUCACCAGUCGUAGACUGUGCCUCCAACACCUCAUUUCUGGUAACUUUUCCUUGUUCUAGUACUAUGUAGAUCACAUAUUUUGAUAUGUACAGUACCAUAUAUUUCUGUAUGUCCAGCUUUUUUAAAGUCAGUAGUAGCGAAUAUCCAAGAUGGUUUCCGAGGACUAAAACUGGUUUACAUGCACUAGCAAUUUUGUCGUCGAUUUGAUUUACAUGCACUAGCAAUUUUGUCGUCGGGCAGAUAGAAGGAAAAAACUUACGAUAUCGUGGGACAAUUCCAUUUUGCCUUCAUAUUGUGCCCUGAAGGCUAGUAAGUACGUUUCUCUAUGUUGGCCGCGUUAGAAUUUCUUAUGGACUCCUGCCGACACGUUUUUCUUCAAAUUUUGUAUUAAACUCUAUUACAGUUAAAAAAUGUGAAAUUUCAAAUACAUUUCUAACACAAAUGAUUUACAUCAUUUGAUAGCUUGCAAAAAACUACAUAUAAGACAUUUAAACGGUUACCAGGGUUUUUCAAGUUCUUCUUGAGUUAUGAGCUGUUGAAUGCGUAUUUUCAGACUAGUACCCAGGAUUUUUGCGAGAUUUUGGCUUAUUUGUCACAUUUGAAACAGCAAUAACUCGAAAACCGCUUGGAAAUCCCAACUAACCAUUUAACUGUCUUAUAUGUAGUUUUUUGUUAGCUUUCUAUUGAUGCAAGUCAUUUGUAUUAGAAAUGUAUCAGAAAUUUCACGUGGAAAUUUCACUGUAAUAGAGAUUAAUACAAAAUUCGAAGAAAAACUUGUCGGCAGGAGCCCACAAGAAAUGUUAACGCGGCCAACAUAGAGAAACGUACUUACUAGCCUUCAGGGCACAAUAUGAAGGCAAAAUAGAAUUGUCCCACGAUAUCGUAAGUUUUCCAUAAUUUUGAUCCUCUAUCUGCCUGACUACUGAUGCGAAUGAGUGAACUCGCAGCCAAAAGUAUGGAAUCGCGUUUUGGACCUAUAUAUUUCUAAGUCUAUUGCAUGUCACUCAUUCAUUCACAUCCGCCAGGAGGAGAAAAAUUACCGACGAAAUUGCUAGUGUGAACCAGGCUUUAGUGCCCACUAACGAAACAUUAGACAAUCAAUUAAUCUUUUUAACUACAGGGAAGGAAGAUCUUACUCACAUUUUGUUGUUUAAUCAGAAACGUCAAAUGUCACACCUAAAUGUGAAUUGUAACCGAUUCUAUAUUUGCAUUUUUAGUUGACCGGAAGUUCAUUGAAUCAAACUGAUGAACUGUUUGAUACUGUAACACGGUUAGCAAGUGAUUCACGUGUAGACAGGUAUGGUAUGUUUUGUUUUCAAAAUUAUUGACGAUGCUCUCUUCAGACUAGAGAAUUGAAAGAGCAUCGAUUAACUCACUUUAUAAAUGUCAACGGUAGAACAUAGUCUAAUUCUCUACAGGAUCUUUCAUUCUUUCACUUAUUUAUUCACUAUUUAAACCUGAAAUAUAAUUCUUUCUUAUACCUGUAAGAGUUUUCCAGAAGGAAGAGCUACAUUCAUAUUACGUGUAACACGAGGGGCUUUGUUUUGAGGGAAAUAGCAUCGCUUCGGGUAAUAUUGCGCCGAAUCUCCCUCGCUCCAGUUCUAUAAAAUAAUUAUAUAUUAUACCGAAAUUAAAAGCCUCCAAGUUGAGAAUAUAAAACUUGCCACAUACCUUCGUGCAUACGAUGUUUUAUCAAAUCUACUAGAAAAGGGUAGAAGCAAGUCUGACGUUUCGAGCAAAUGUCAUUGAACACGUGAGCUUUUAUUUACGCGCAAAAAUAUCAUGUUUUGUGAUUCUUGUCAAAAAGAUGCCCUUACAGCAGACUUGUAGCACGUUUAUGAACAGUUUGUAAAAAUGCUUCAAUUAACAGUAAAUUCUAUUACGUUGCUACAGGUCUGUGAUUUGACUUGUGCCUUUUUUAUGUAUUGUACAACUACAACCAGUCGUGCGACACGAUGAAAUCAAUCUGAUCACCCCUUACCUCUGUGUUAAGCCUCCUAAUUUCAGGUUGAGGACCUGGAUUUACUAAGGUUGGGUAACUUCACUGCCCUGGAAAAACUCAUGUAAGUAGAGUUUGUUGGUUCUCUCCGUGUCCUCCGGUUUUCCUCCUUCAAUGAAAGCUAAUCCUUAGUGAUUAAUUGUAAAAAACUAACAUCCGGCGAGGCAUUUGCCGAUUGUGAAACCUGUUACGGCUUUAUGAAAGGUCUUUGCUUUUUAUAUUCUUUUACAGGUAGUUUCAAGAGGCGAAACAUAGUUUAUAAUUUUCGCAGGGCCUGGGAGGAGGUUUUUACUCAUUUUUCCUGGAGUCCCCAUAUAAUGUCAUAAUUACUGAACAGCGGAUCCUUGUAGCAGAACAGGUGCACUUCUCAGACAAAUUAUUAUUUUAAAAAACAUUCUUUCUAGGACUGCACAGAUGUUGUUUAGUCGUGUGUGCGAGUUAAGAAGGACAAGUUGGGGUCAACACGAAAUACCACAAACCCCUACGUACACUCAACCAAAUCCCUAUGGUGCACAAGGAUAUUCAAUGUAUAUUCCAGUAAGUGAAAUUCAUUGUAGCUCGAUUGAUCAGUCGAUUAUAAUUUGUCAUGCCAAAUAUAAAACAAAAAACGAUGGAUAG